AUGGUCAUCACGACAGGAAGAUACUUCUCUCGUAUGCCUCUGGGCUACGGUCCUUGUCCAGGACCCCGACAAGACGAAAAGGGCAACCACCCGCUCAAAGGCUGGGAUCUCGUCAACAACAAGACAUGUAUCGUUACCUUCAAAGCUCCUGUCGACCAGCUUGUCGCGCUCCUCCCCCGGCCAUGCUUCCACAUUGACGCGGAAUCCGUCCAGGACGGCCUCGCAGAGGCGUCGAUCUCCUUCACCUCUUUGGGCAAUCUCCCGUGGUUGGCUGGGCGAGGAUACAAUCACUCAGGGCUGUACAUCCACAACGUUGUCUGCAAGGGCAAGACCGAGACCGUUCAAGGGAAAUACCUCAGCGUUUUGUUCGAAAACCUACCCGAUCCGAUCUUGAGCGGCAGAGAGGAGCUGGGAUACCCGAAGCUGUUUGCGACGCUUGACCAGCGGGACGAAGUUGAGAAGUCAGGAGACUGGAGCUUGGCGAUGGGCUGGGAAGGUAACAAGUUCGGGGAGGUCAAGAUAUCUGGCCUCAAGCUGGAGGUUUCGCCGCCGGAGCCUGCUGGCCCUGGUCAAGAUGUGCUCUGCUACAAGUACAUCCCGCGGACCGGUAGACCGGGUGUAGCAGAUGUGGAGUACGCCACCGUCUCUCCGGCCCCGGCUUCGGAUUUGUUCAAGCUUGAGCGCAUGUUCAAGGCUAAGGACGCGAAGAUUCAAUUCGAUGCCCUCGGUUUCGAUGAGCUUCCUACUCUGCACCACGUUGCCUCCCGACUGGCAGAACUCGACAUCGUGAGUAUCGAAGAUGUCAGGAUUAUGGAAGGAAAAGGAGCGCCGGACUACCAGAACCAGAGAGCGGUUGCCACUUGGGGUUAUAUGGGCUGA